ACAUCGUGUAUUAAUAUCAAGCGCUGACCGUCCGAGCUUUCAGCCCUAAAUCCAAAAAAUCACCGUCUUCUCACAGGACUCUCUAACUCUCCGUCCCUAAAUACCCAAAUCUCACCGCCACUCACCGCCGCCAGCCCCGCCGCAACCGCCGAUCUUCGGCGAUUUUCCACUCUUUUCCUCCUCAUCGUCUUCAGAUCUCCCGUGAAUCGUCGACGCUGACGUCAUCCUCCAAUAACUCUCCGUUACCAAUCUCAAAGUUGAAUCUCGAUCAAACAGCGAAGCAAUGGGCGAUGCGAUUCCGGUCACGGUCCAGCGAGGGUUAGCCGACAAGCUGUACGAGAAGCGAAAGAUCGCCGCUCUCGAGAUUGAAGGGAUAGUGAAGCAAUUAGCGGUCGCUGGCGACCAUGAGAAGAUAAGCGCUGUGAUCAGUAUUUUGACCACGGAGUUUACUUAUUCACCGCAGACGAAUCAUCGAAAGGGUGGAUUAUUAGGGCUUGCUGCAGUGACAGUUGGAUUGGCAACAGCAGCUCCCCAACAUCUUGAUGAAAUUGUUCCACCUGUUCUUAAUUCAUUCCUUGACCAGGACAGCAGAGUUCGAUAUUAUGCUUGCGAAGCUCUGUAUAACAUAGCAAAGGUUGUGAGGGGAGAAUUCAUUGUUUUUUUCAAUAGCAUAUUUGAUGCACUUUGUAAGCUCUCAGCAGAUUCGGAUGCAAAUGUGCAGAGUGCUGCACAUCUUUUGGACCGGCUUAUAAAGGACAUUGUUACUGAGGGUGAUCAGUUCAGCAUUGAAGAAUUUAUACCUCUUCUGAGAGAACGAAUGAAUGUGCUUAACCCUUAUGUUCGCCAGUUUUUAGUGGGAUGGAUCACUGUGUUAGACAGUGUUCCAGAAAUUGACAUGCUCGGGUUUCUUCCAGAUUUUCUUGAUGGUUUGUUCAACAUGCUAAGUGAUUCCAGCCAUGAAAUAAGGCAGCAAGCUGAUUCUGCACUUUCUGAGUUCCUGAAUGAAAUAAAGAGCAAUCCGAAUGUAGAUUUUGGUCGCAUGGCUGAAAUACUGGUGCACAGGGCGAGUUCACCCGAUGAAUUUACCCGGCUGACAUCUAUCACAUGGAUCUAUGAAUUUAUAAGGCUUGCUGCAGACCAAAUUGUUCCUUACUAUGCUGAUAUUUUAGGGGCGACAUUACCCUUGAUAUCCGAUAAAGAGGAAAAAAUAAGAGUGGUUGCACGUGAAACGAAUGAAGAGCUUCGUGCACUUCGUGCUGAUCCGACAGAGGGGUUUGACAUAGGAGCUAUGCUUUCCAUUUCAAGGAGAGGAUUGACUAGUGAAUGGGAAGCUACGAGAAUUGAAGCAUUGCAUUGGAUUGGUGCGCUUUUGACCCGUUAUCAAGCUGAGGUUAUUCCUCACUUGAAUGACAUCUUUGAUUCCCUUUUGACUGCACUGUCAGAUCCUUCUGAUGAGGUGGUUCUGCUAGUGCUGGAGGUGCAUGCAUCUAUCGCGCAAGAUGCUUCACAUUUUCGCCAACUUCUUGUUUUCUUAGUGCACACCUUCAGAUCUAAUCACUUGCUUCUUGAAAAGCGUGGUGCAUUGAUAGUACGUCGCCUUUGUGUACUUUUAGAUGCAGAACGAGUAUACCGUGAAUUUUCUAUGAUUCUAGAGGGUGAAGAUGACUUGGGUUUUGCAUCCAUUAUGGUUCAGGUUCCCGUCUGCUUGGCAUUGAAUUUGAUAUUACUCACUUCACCGGAACUUGCUGGAUUACGUUCACUCCUAAACCAGUCGCUGGUGAAUAAUGCUGGCAGAGACUUAUUUCUUUCUUUAUAUUCUUCUUGGUGCCAUUCACCAAUGGCAACAAUUUGUUUGUGUCUACUAGCUCAGGCAUAUAGUCAUGCUGGUUCCAUAAUUCAGUCUCUUGGAGAAGAAGACAUAAACGAGAAGUUCUUGAUACAAUUGGACAAGCUCAUCCGCUUGCUUGAGACUCCAACUUUUGUUUAUCUAAGAUUUCAGCUCCUGGAACCAGGAAAGUUUACGUGGUUAUUGAAGUCCUUGUAUGGUCUUUUAAUGUUGCUUCCCCAGCAAAGUGCAGCCUUUAAGAUCCUCCGAACCCGCUUAAAAACUGUACCCCUAAAUAGUUACAGCAGCGAACAACUCAGACGAUUGCAGAAUCUGCAAAUAUCUGAUAAUAGACAUCAAGAUGCAGAGAAUACGAUCAACUUUGCACAUAGACUGCAACAAUUUGGGCACAUGCGACGUCAGCAUCGCAUGUAUGCAAAAUCUCACCUGCAGUCCCGCAACUCAUCUCCCUCCCCGUCAUUAUCACAGAGAUUGGAAAGUUCUUACAGGCCAUCAUCAGUUCCAGACAUUUACCAACCUUCUACAUCCUCAAGAUAAACUCCAGGACACUUGCAAGACCAAACCCAUUCUGUUCAUUCAUUAUGGCUUUACUUCAAGCCGUUGCGCCCGAGUUUAUCAUCGUCAACUGUAUCAGUAUCAUCAUCCACUGUAUCAAGGAUCAUUCGCCUCUGUGGCAAGAGGUAUGGUGGGUGUGUAAUUGUACAUUCUAUUAUUUCUAUUAUUUCUUCCCCUUAAGUGGGCCAUAUUUUUUGGCGCGGAGAAUUAAGGGAAUAGGAGCAAUACAGAUGGUUAAUAUGUAAGAAGUAUUGUUUAGGUGAAUUUUCAAUCUUGGGCAGGAGGGAAAUUCUCAUGUGGUUGUAAUUUUUUGUGAAAACCAUAUGAGUUUUAAGAUGGUAAGAUCCAGCUGAUAUUUUAUCUUCAGCUGGUGUGAAAAUCUUUGUAAAAAGGUCACAUUAUCUUCCAUUUUCUAUACUUGGAUGGCGCAGAACUUUUUUUC